AUGACUAUUCUCUAUAUCAUCCUCACCUUCAUAUUAUUCUCAAUCCUCUUUCUCCUGCUAACCUUCUUCUUUCUCAUACUUAGAAUUUUCACAGGCAAGUCCAUCCGAAACUCAAAUUACCCGCCUGUAAAGGGCACCGUCUUCGACCAGCUCUUCUACUUAAACAAACUCUAUGACUACCAAACCAACGUUGCCAAAGAACACCCAACCUUCCGGCUACUGGCCCCAACACAAAGCGAAAUAUACACGACUGACACCCGAAACAUUGAGCAUGUUUUGAAAACAAACUUUACCAAGUAUACGAAAGGCCAAUAUCACCAAGACAUUGUGUCUGAUAUUUUGGGGCAAGGUAUAUUUGUUGUUGAUGGAGAAAAGUGGAGGCAGCAGAGGAAGCUUGCGAGCUUAGAGUUUUCGACAAGAAUUCUUAGAGACUUUAGCUGCUCUGUGUUUAGAAGAAAUGCUGCCAAACUGGUCAGGGCUCUUUCUGAGUUUUCUAGUGACAAUGGGGUUUUUGAUAUGCAAGAAUUCUUUAUGAGAUCUGCCUUAGAUUCCAUAUUCAAAGUUGGGUUUGGAACAGAACUGAAUUGCUUGGAGGGCUCAAGCAAACAAGGCAUUGCAUUUAUGAAUGCAUUUGAUGAUUCAAGUGCUCUCAUCUAUCGGCGCUAUGCUGAUCCAUUAUGGAAAUUGAAAAGAUUUCUCUGCAUUGGAUCCGAAGCCACACUUAAAAAGAAUGCCAGAGUAAUUAAUGACUUUGUUUACCAACUUAUCAGGAACAAAAGGAAAUUGAUAACAGGGGAAAACUAUGUUAAUGAAAAGGAGGAUCUACUAUCGAGGUUCCUAAUGGAGAGCGAAAAGGAGCCAGAGGAAAUGACUGAUACGUAUCUAAGGGAUAUAACUCUGAAUUUUAUGAGUGCUGGCAAAGAUUCCAGUGGAACUACACUCUCGUGGUUCUUCUACAUGCUGUGCAAAAACCCUCUCAUUCAAGAAAAGGUUGCACAAGAAGUGAGGGAAGUAGUUGGUUUGAACCACAAAGCUAACAUCGAUGAGUUUGUGGCAAAUUUAACUGAUGCAGCUCUUGAAAAAAUGCAUUAUCUUCAUGCAGCACUGACAGAGACCUUGAGGCUAUACCCGGCAGUUCCUGUGGAUGGGAGAGCUGCAGAGUCAGAUGACAUUCUUCCUGAUGGAUACAGAGUAAGAAAAGGUGAUGGAGUGUUCUACAUGUCCUAUGCCAUGGGCAGAAUGCCUUAUAUAUGGGGCGAAGAUGCUGAGGAUUUUCGACCUGAAAGAUGGCUCAAAAAUGGAAUUUUCCAGCCUGAAUCUUCUUUCAAAUUCGUCUCAUUUCAUGCUGGUCCUCGGAUUUGUAUAGGGAAGGACUUUGCUUACCGGCAGAUGAAGAUAGUAUCAAUGGCACUUCUGUGCUACUUUCGCUUUAAAUUGGUGGAUGAAACAAAAAUCGCAACCUAUAGAACCAUGUUCACCCUGCACAUGGAUGGAGGUCUCCCUAUGCGCGCAAUUCCGAGGACAACAUGAUGAGUUUCUUGCAUGUCAAGCAAAUUAAUGCUCACUUGUAUAUAUGAACUAGACCACUGGAGCUAGUGUGAGCCCUAGGAUUUAUGUAUCUCUUAGUUAAGUUUUUAUAUGAUUUCAGCUGUGAGUAUGACCUUUAAUUAUCUGUAUUAUUUUAA